UUUUAGCUAAGGUACACAAACAUGGAUUUAUGUGUGAUAGUAGAUCUUGUAGCCAAGCUUAGAAGGAAGAACCAGCACGUCAUCUCAACCUCGGAGGAACUUUGACAAAACUAACAAAAGAAAAUAAUGACAGUAAAACAACAGCCGCAGAGUAAUAGAGAUCAGUGAAGCUGACACAAUUACAAGGAAAGUCUGAAAUCAUGGCUCCCUUAAUCUACAGCAGCAGAGUCUAAAACCUGUCACAGAAAACAGGCCUUGAAUCGUCAUUUUAUUGCAGAGAUGUUCUUCUGCUUUAUCAGCAACUAAGUGAGAUGUUUAAUUUGCUUCCUCACUGUAUUCAUCUGGAAGAUGAUUGUCUGGGGCCGUCCCUCAGUGGAUUAAAUAUGUCUCAUUACAGAGAAUAAUUCCAGGAUGACAGACCGGGAAUGAAAAGGAUGCUAACCAUUUAUUUUGCCAUUUUGAUGCCAUUGGUUUUACUUUGUUCAAGUGACCACCUGCUGUGACCAUCUUAAAGAAUGUUUUUCUUCUUCUUGAUCUCCCUCCUUCUGUGUUACAGUUACUUCUGUUAAGUGCUGCUUUACUCCCUCAAAGUCUUGAUGGCGUCUAGCUCCUUUAAAGUGAAUAAAAGAAAGGCAAAAUGCAUUUUAUUUAGUUGAAAAUGAACACUGACGUUUCUGCUCCAUUCUUAGUGAAUGAUUAAACAAAUAAAUAUUCUGAAUCACUAUUACAACAUGGAAUACAUAUAUAAUAGUCUCCUGCAGGCCUCUAAAGACUUAAAUUAGCAUGCAUAUGCUAAAAGCAGAAAUCACUUCUUUUUUCACUACUUUAGGAAGUAUUCCUUAAUUUUAGAUUGGUUUGAGACAGAGCAGCUGGAAAUCGUUCAGAGUGAUUGAAAAAUUGCUGUGUUCUAGCUCUUUCCUCAGUCCUAAUGCAUGUUAAAGGGGAUAUUAUGAUGUUCACACAUGUGGAUAAAGUACAGUCACCAGAUUCUAGGCAUAUCAUGGUUUAUUUUAAAUGACAGUGGGUGAAAUUGCUUGAGCCUGGAUCUGCACAAAUUGACAGUAUUCACUGGACUUCUACAUUAUACUUAUACACAUUGCCAUGACAAGUUAGAGCCUGUUUUUCAGCUGUCAGCUCUAAUUUAUCAUGCCCGUAUCAAUUAUGGAAGCUAACAGUGUGAAAUCAUUCCACUGGGAGGUUUUUCCUUCAAUGCAUAACUGCCGUGUUUACUGUACACCUGUCUAUCUGGAUGGGCAUCUCUUUGUGAUGGGGGGUUGCAGUGAUACUGGCCUACCACUAGACAUGGUGGAAAUGUUGGACAUGGCAUCACAGAAAUGGACUAUCUUACCUCCUCUUCCUACAUCCCGAGCAGGGGCCGCUGCUAUAUCCCUUGGUAAGCAGAUUUUCCUGAUUGGGGGCAUGAAUUCAGAACAAAGUCCUCUAGCUUCUGUUGAGUGUUACAACAUGGAUGAAGGCAAGUGGGAAAAGAAAGCAGCAUUGACCCAACCAUCAAUGGGUAUUUCUGCAGUAGAGAAAGAAGGGAAAAUCUAUGCCCUUGGAGGAAUGGGCUUUGACACAUCUCCCCAGGCGUUAGUUCGCAUGUAUGAACCAGCAAAGGACCAGUGGCAGACAUUGCCCUCUAUGCCCACUCCACGCUAUGGAGCAUCUACCUUUCUUCGAGGCAACAAAAUCUACGUACUUGGAGGUAGACAAGGAAAACUUCCUGUUACUGCAUUUGAAGGGUUCGACUUGGAGGUUAAGAGCUGGACUCGGUACCCUUGCAUUCCUAGUCGUCGAGCCUUUGCUAGCUGCGCAAUGACAGAAAAAUUUUUCUUCAGUUUAGGUGGUCUUCAGCAGCCGGGACCCCAUAACUUCUACUCUCGGCCUCAUUUUGUCAACACAGUGGAAGUGUUUGAUUCAGAACAAGGGUACUAUUCUGAAAAGCAUAUUAUUUUCACCUUCAAUGGGAGAGCAAAAUAA